GUCAUCGUUCCAACCCAUUAAUAAUGUAAUUAAUAAAUAUUUUGACACAUGUACCUUGUCCUAUGCACUUAUUGUCGAAGCAGAAUGACAGCAAGGGGUUAAAUUACAGUGAAAAAUGUCAAGUUCUCAAAAAUAACCUGCCAAAAUUGUAACCGGAAUGAGCGAAAGGAGCGAACCGAAAAGUACACCGAGCAAUCGAACGCAACCUCUAUCUCUCUCUUUCUCACUCGUCUGUGCUGCUGUGGUCUCUCUCGAGUCUCAAGACUCAAGACUCAAGUCCCGAACAAAGAAUAAAAACAAAGAGGGAAGCCGAAGAGAAAGUCAAAAAUUGCCGAUGGUUGCCGGUGCUGGUGCGUGUAUGUAUUAUGUACGCAAGUUUGUUUAUAAAUACAAGGUGAUUAAUAAAUAACUUGUUCGUGAAUCAACAGUAUCUGUGGAAAUAAGUGUUGUUUUACACAAACAUGGCUCAAACAGUAUCGCAUGCUUUCGUGUGGAUCACAAAGGAGAAAAUUCUUCAAGUGGUCACUGUUGAAGAGUUAUGCGAUUUUCUAGUACCGGAAAAUAAGAAUGAUCUUUUAAGAAACAAAUUUGUUCAAAUGCGUGCAAGAAAAAAAUCAACUAAGGACGCUAUCCUUUUAGAUUUAGGAAGUCAAGAUGAAAUGAUAGCUGCAUCUAUUGAUAGCGAGUUAUCCACAAUUAGACAUGCUGUAGUUAAUUUCUUGAAUAAGAAACAAAUAGCAGUUAUCGAUGUUCAAAAUGUUCAGCAUUUUUGUGAUACCCCACCAAAGCAUGCACUUCAAUUUUUAGAGUAUACUACUUACCAUGGUAAAGAAAAGGAUGAAGAUGAUUAUGAAAAAAUAUACAUCUUUGCGUUAGGAGAUGAUGAGAAAGUAUCGAUAGCAUUCAAUGAAUUCAAGCACAACAUUCAUCAUGCACUUGUACGUGUCAUUGAUGAUGAUUCAGUACAAGUAGCGUCCAUUGAAAAAAUUGAGGGUCUUGAACCAGAGAAUAGAUCAGAUUACAAUCAGUGGGAAGUUUAUGCUGGACUAGAAAUUACCGCUGAAGAAUAUACCAAUUAUCAAAUCUUAAGAUUAGGAUGUUUUCUAGAAUGUUCAAGUUUUAUUGAUAUGUAUAAUGGCUUCGCACAUGCUUUGGUUAUUUUCAAACCAAGUAAUCAGAAGGAAGUCAUUCCAAUUGAUUUUGUGUACGAGUUCAAAAAAAGCCCUCCUGAAACGGCACAAGACUUUGAUAAGAAUAAACCUUAUUCAGGUCGUUUAACUUCUUCUAGCAGAUACAGCGCUAUACAAAUAUUUGAAUUGGGCCAUGAACAAAUAUUGAAUUUCAAGAAAAUGAACGAGUAAAAAAGAUUGAACAUGAAAAAGUUCAAUUCUAGUGAUCUUCGAAAAUGUGACAGAACUGUAUCAGACUACAGUAGUGACAAAGAAGAUUUAGAAUAUGACAGCGAGCAAAGUAUCUUUGAACCUGCACCAAAACGAACUCGGCAGACAAAGCAUAAGAAAAAACUUAGUUCAUCUGAAGAAAGUGAUGCAAAACAUCAACGGAGGGCAGAUAUUUUGUUAAGUUCAGGAUCAAGGAACAUGCCUCAACAAAAAGAGUCUCACGCACAUUACGACAUGGAUGAUAAUGAAGUUCUGAACAACAGAAUUGCGAAUCAUGUGCAUGCAGUUAUUCCACCUACUUCCUUAACAAUGCCACGUAAAAGAACUCCUUUGGGGCCUAACAAUUCAUCAUACCAUAUAACAGCAAAGAGUAAAAAAUAUAAAUAAUUUACUGGAUCAUUUUGAUAUUUUUAUUUGAUUUAAUGUACAUGUAAAUGAAUUUUCGAAACUUCAUAAUCGUAAAGCACAAAACAAAGUUAUCGAUCACAGCUCCAAUGAUGAGAACAAUCUUCCAAGUUCAGCAGUGAGACAAACACAAAGAUAUAGAAAAAAAAACAGAAAUUUGGCAAGAUUCAAACGUCAAACAAACUCUACCAGGACAGUUUACCGUGAAAAAUAUUACACAAACGAUGGAAAUCGAUUUCAUCUAUCAUCACAGGAUUCUGACUCUGAUGAUGGGACCACGGAAGAGCGUGAAGUCUUCAAGCGUUUUGAUGUCCAAAAUCCAAAUUCUGAAGAGGCUGUGGGAUACAUUCAUUUAGGUUGGAAUAUCAACAUACUGUAUUCUGAUUGGAAAAGAUGUAAAGUAGAGUCUACAGAUGAGUAUUCUUUUAUAUCAAAUCUAUCAGACACGAUGUUUGGUAAAGGAAUCCUCCAAUUAUUUUUACAAAUCAAACCUUAUAUGAAAGUGGCUGAUGGAAAGCCUAGAAGAGAAGUCACUGAAACUGAGUUGAAAGUUAUAAAACGUAAAUUGUCUUAGAUACUGGAUAAAUACUAAAUGCCCAGUAUUAUUGACUGAAAGACCAAUGGACAUUAUACUAAGUACCACAAGGGUGAUAUUAUCAAACAAGAUAUCAGCUGAAUUCAAGAAGUAUGAGCAAAAAAAACCAAAGAAUGUUUCUUACAUGAAAUCUACAAAUUUUAUUAGAAAUCCAAUCACGUCGAAGUAUACUGAAGACUGAGUCAAUCUACUUUUAUAAAAAUAGUCAAUUCUUGUCAAUCCUUGUAGCUAAUAUUGACGUAAUAUUAUACUAGUUGGAAAAGAAAUUCAAGAUUAUUACAACUAAUUCUAUUUAAAAGUAAAAAAAUAAUGUUAGUUUUGAUGAAAAAUAUGUUUUCAGUGCGACUUCUUAAUCAUUUUAUUAGAUAUGUAUUUUCAUUAUUUUAACAAUCAUUUUAACUUUAUUGAAAAACUCAAAUAGAAAACGAACCUGCAAUCAUAUGUCUUGCAUCAAAUUCUAGUUGUGGAAUUAAAACAGACCAUACUUUAGCCGUUUAUAUUGUGUCGAGAAUGGAAUGGAAUCCUAGUGAAAUAAAAAAUUGAAAAAAAAAUUUUUUGCGAGAUAGUACGUGAGACUGAAUAAGGCAUUCAUAUUCACUUUUUCUUACUGUUGCGAUUAGAGUAAACGUUGCAUAACUUUUAAUAAUAAUAUCGUUUAUGUUAAAUGACGACGACUGUUUAACUUAUCAUUGUUAGCGAUGUAGGACAUGUUUUUACAGACAUGC